AUGUCCUACAAAGCCUACCUAACCUCCACCCUGGGUCUCCCAAAAAACCACCACGCCCUCUUCAUCGAGACCCACGCAACCGGGCCUAAAACCGGCUUCCUCUACCAAGUCACCGGCACCAUCCAGCACGGCAUGGUUUUCGAACACAAACACGGGAUGCAACCCGAGCGCAGACGGGACUUUGGCGGCCUCAAGGAGUUCCUGGGGGUUGUCACGAAGGAGGAUUUUGAGAAUGGGAGGGUGAAGGAGGGGGUUGAGAGUGUGGAGCCGCCGAAGAAACAGUUUGAGGGGGGGGAGAGGUUGUUUCCUAAUGAGGGGCUGAGGAGGAGUCAGGAGUGGUGUGGGGAGGUUGUUGGGGUGUUGAGGGGGUGGGGGGUGAUUAGUUGGGAGUGA